CACCGUACCAUUUCGCGUCACCGGCUUCGACUGGCCUGAGAGAGGAGGCACCCCGGCUGCCUCCUUAGCUCCGAAACUCGUUAGAAACGCCGACGUAUUGACGUUUCGCGCGCGUAUCUCGCUCGCAGCGGGAUCUAUCCUGGCAACGCGCUCGGCAUCGGGACGCGUCGCGCUGUGUGCUCGUGUUCAGUGAGGAUAGCAAACGGGAAGAGGACUGACAUCCUUCUAUCGUCGAGCGUCUACUCCCACGAACAGGUUGUCGUGAAAAUUGCCUCGAAGCUCGCUCGCGCUAUGAAGUUCUCGUAUGGUAUUCUGGUGUUUGGUUCAGAAGGGACAACGGUGAUAGUGCGCUAGAAUGAAGAGGGUGAACGCGAGCCGAUGUCUGACACUUGACGGGAAUCACUGAUCUCGAGGAAAAUGAUUCGGCGAGAGAUAUGAGACUCGGAUGCUGAUGAUGAGACUCGUGUGCUGGAUUAAGCGCAAUGACGGAGAAUACGAGUGCAGUAUUGACGGAUUGUCGAUAGCAACGGUGUCGGUAGAUUUCGUGCUCCCUUAUCAAGAUCCUCCGAGGUUCGGACAUGUUAGAUCAGUGAAUGAGACUCGAUACUGUGCGGCAAUCUCGUGAACAGUUUCCCAAGACAAAAGUGCGCGUUGAAAGAAUGCAUAGUGUUUGAGGAGUUUAAACCUGUCGCGACCUCGACUGACUGCCAAGAGCCAGACAGGCGAGUGUCUCGAGCGAUUUAUAAGUUAGCUAUCUCUGCUCCAUCCGCGAGGCAUGUGUACCACGGAGAUGACGGAAUCGUACACGAUGUCGCCGUCGACGACGGUAUCUUCCAGCGCAGCAACGCCCGGCUGCAUGAGCGGCUCGCCGACGCACCGACGGACGUCGUGCAGAAGCUCGCCAGGUCGAGGAGACGUCCAGGACGACGAGGACGAGAUCUCCGUGGGCUGUCCUAGCCCGCUGCCGCUGGUGGUCGUGACGCCUAACACGGAGGACGAGCUGGCUUCCUCCAGGGAGGACUACGUCGACCGUCUGAGUCCCCGAAGAACGUACGUGCGAGAUUCGAUGACGGAGGACGAGGAGAGAGAUUAUUCUCGCAACGGAGAGUACAGGAUGUCGAACGGGCGAACAAGUAGCAGGACUCGCGAGAGCGGCGACUCGGUUACAACGCUCAGAGACGACGAAGAAGACGAGGAAGAAGAAGAAGAGGUAGACAGCAGGACUGGUAGCAACGGUGCGACAACCGCCGGAACGACCGAUGAUUAUUUCAAGCCGUUGAAACGUCUGAAGAUGGUACAGGUGCAGCACUCGGACGAGGAGGACGAGAGAGAACGAGAGUCGAACGAUCGCGGGGUCAAGUCUUUCAGUAUCCUCGACAUCUUGUCGCAUCGGCCAAAAGCGAAGAUUGUCCGUCCCUGGGACACGGUGGACUCGGGCCUCAGCCAUCAGCACCGUCAUCAUCUGCAGCAGCAUCAACAUCACCAACACCAUCUGCACCACCAUCAUCACAGUAGUCAUCCGGCUCACGCGGCCGGACCUCGGGAUCUCUCGCUGAUGGGUAUGUCACUCGCGUCCAUGUCCGGCUCCAUUAGCGAGCCGCCUCUCAGCAGCUCCUCGUCGUCCGGAAGGAGCUCGGUGUCGGAUUCCGGUAGCCCGGACCCGCUCGCCCAUCAUCACCAUCAUCACGCCGCGCUUCAUCACGCGGCCAUUCAUCCCGGUCUGCAUCAUCCGGCGCUCCAGCAGCCGCAACAGCAGCAGCAUCAGCAGUUCAAGAGGAAAACGCCGCAGCAGCAUGGCUCGCACACCGGCCAAAACGGCAAGAGAACCACAGGACAGGGCAGUCCCUUGGAUGCGCUCUUCCAGAUGACUAGCAAGACCUUCGACGCGGGCGAGCACAGUCAGGAACAAGCUAAUCACUUGAACCUGUUCAACAAUCGCCAGCAACCGAAAAAGAAGCGCAAGAGUCGGACUGCAUUCACGAAUCAGCAGAUCUUCGAGCUGGAGAAGAGAUUUCUGUACCAGAAGUACUUGAGUCCGGCCGACAGGGACGAGAUUGCCGCUCAGCUGGGUCUCAGCAAUGCCCAAGUGAUCACGUGGUUCCAAAACAGAAGGGCGAAGCUCAAGAGGGACAUGGAGGAGCUUAAAAAGGACGUACAGACUGUGAAUCCACUUUUGGUCGCUCAACAUCACAAGACUUUCCUAGAGAAUGUGCAAGAUCUGGGAAUCCUAAAGAAACGGCCAUUGCCAAACUCCAUGGAUGAGAAAUCGUAGAGAUCGAUUCGCGAAAAAAUGUUGCUCUUUUUCGAUCUUCUGUGUGCAAUCGAGACUCGAUACACGAAUUAGACAAUGGACAGUUACUCAUGUAAUGGUAUCUUCGAUCGAGAAGAUCAAACAGUGAUACGAUGUCGUAUUACGACGUAUUCUGAAAAGCAUAUACGAAAAUUGUUUUAUGCGUCAAUGUAUAAAUUUUGUAUAGUUUUUUUUUUAUGUGCGAUUAAAUCCUUUGACGUAAUUUAGUACCCUUCCUUAAAAAAAUUUAAAAAAAAAAUAAAAAAAAAUAUGCGAAUAAAAAUCUUACAAUAAUCUUCUCGAACUUACUUAUAACAUUGCUUAAUAAUAUACUACGAUUAAACCUACAAGCUCAUUUUUGUAGAAUGAUUUACGCUCUUGUUGCAUUCAAUUUUUCGAUAAGCAAAUAUUCUCUACAAUGGUACAAAGCAGUGACAAAAGCAUAAAUACGAUGUAGCAGAAGAAACGAUAAAAGUAAAAGUUAUAAAUUUCAAUAGAAAUUUUCGUUGUGCUUGUUAGAACUGAAAAAAAGUAGCGUUUUAUGUCGUAAUUUACGGCUUGAAAAAUGAAAAGCGCGGAGUAUUAUACUGUUGUAUAGUCUGGCUACAAUUUUAUGAAGCGCGGAGAGCGCGGUGUAUUAUAUUGUAUUUAUUAUCAUCGCGAAAAUAAGGGAGGGUGUGAACCGUGUGAGGGAGGCCGGUUAAAACCGUCGAUAAUAAAUUAUUAAGCGAAUAUUAUUCCUUAAAUUAUAAAGAACCACGCAUUCUGUGGCGCCAUUAUGUAAAUAUACUGUAUAUAUCGUAUGCAUCGUUCCCUUGAUAACAUUACAUAUAAACAUGAUAGAGCCGUUAUAUAUGAUUAGAAUAAAAAAAAAAGAUCGUAAACAUAUAAAUGGGACACUGCAAUAUACCUGAUUAUGACUUUAAUUAGUGAAUUUUAGGAGCGAGUACGUAAGAUGUAUAUCUACAUACGUGGUGAGAUUCGUAAAGUGAUAGUGUGAGAUGCGUGAGAGUAAAUUAGGAGCGCGUAUAUAAAUCGACUUAGUACAGUGUAUAGCGAUGCUAAAUAAAUGGAAGAAACACAUUAUUGAAA